AAACCGUUGAUCAGGAUUACUCAGACCACCUCUUGUGGGCCGUUUCAGGGGAGGUGCUGCUGGGUGUUUCCUCUGCUGCCUCUCAGACAAAUAGCCCUCGCACUUAGUUUGUUAGUUAGUCGGUUAUUGAAACAGCCAAAAUGACUAGUCUUACUGCCAAGGACAAGGACACCGUCAAGGCCUUCUGGGGAAAGAUUUCUCCCAAGGCAGGAGCCAUUGGAGCAGAUGCUCUUGGCAGGAUGCUGGUGGUUUACCCACAGACCAAGACCUACUUCUCCCACUGGAAGGACAUGAGUCCCGGCUCUGGUCCAGUGAAGAAGCACGGAGCUACGGUGAUGGCUGGAGUUGCUGACGCUGUGGCUAAAAUCGACGAUCUGACUGCAGGUCUGCUCACCCUGAGCGAGCUGCAUGCCUUCAAGCUGAGAGUGGACCCCGCCAACUUUAAGAUUCUUGCCCACAACCUCCUUCUGGUUUUGGCCAUCAGCUUCCCCAACGACUUCACCCCUGAGGUCCAUGUGGCCAUGGAUAAGUUCCUGUCUGCCUUGGCUCUGGCUCUGUCCGAGAAGUACAGAUGAACACCUGGAGAGGAGAUCCAGACAUAUGAAUUCACCUUGUGUGAUCAAUAAAUGCAUGGCUGAAAAAACGCAAAA